AUGCCUAUAGACCUUAACUAUGAUCAGCAAAUUCAAAUAAAGUGUUCCUACAUUAUAGAAAAAUAUAAAAAAAAGUUAAAGAAAUUAAAAGAAUAUAAACGUGAUUUGAAGGCGUCAUAUGAAAAAAAAAAUAAAGCAUAUUACAUCGAUAGAUAUUUGUUUAAUAAAGAAAAGGAACAACUGUACAAUGAAAUUAAAAAGAAAAGAGAAGAACUAGAACUAGAGGAUUUGAAAAAAACGAAGGAGUUAUACAAUAGUUAUUUUAUAGAUAUUUUUUUAUAUGAACAAGAAUAUUACCAAUGCAUUUAUAAGGUCUUCAAAAACUUGUUACUGAAAAAGGAUGAGAUCGAUAAAAAGGAAAGACACUCAAUUAAAUUAAAUGAGUAUGCCUAUAUGAUGUUUUCAGAUAAAAAUGUUAACACGCCAAAGAUAAAAAGUGAAAAAGAUGAAAUAAAAGAAAAUUUAAAUAUAGAAGAUAUUUACCAAAGUAAAGUUCUUGAUAAAAUUGAUAAAACUAUAUAUACUAAUAAUAGCCCAAAUAAUGAUUUACGAAAAAUAGAAAAAGAAAUAUUCGCAAUGGGCGAUUUAAGUAUUCCUUAUAUAGAUUGUGAAGAUAAAUCAAAUGAAAAUUCUAUAUAUUUAAGCUCAAACAAUUCUCAAAUUAUAAAAUUAAAUAAAACAUAUUCUGAUCUAAAUAUCAGUGAUGUUCAUUAUAAUAAAAAUGAUGAAAAUUGUAAAGUAAAAAAAAGUGAAGAUAUACAUAGUAAUAGGUAUAACAAUAACAAUCAUAAUAAUCCUGAAACUGAAAAUAAUAAUUCUUUUUAUGAACAAAUCCAAACAAAUAUUGGAACACUUGAUGAAAAUAAAGAAAAAGACCUAUACCCCUUAAAUACAAAAAUCGAUGACGAAAACCCUAAUUUAUGUGAUAACCAAAAAAUAUGUAGUCAAAAUGAAUCUUCAGAUGAUAAACAAGUUAAAGACAUGAAGGCAGAAGAAAUUAUAAAUGAAAAAAAAAUUCUAGAAGACGGAAAUUCAUUAAGUCAUUACAUUUUAAGCAACUUUAUUGAAGAAGGUAACUCACCAAAUAGUGAAUAUACAGAUAAGAAAAACGAUAUAUUUCAUGUGAAUAAUUUAAAUUCGAAAACAGAUAAAGCCAUAGAUGAAAUCUAUGCUUGUGUAAAAACGAAAAAAGGAAAUAAAGAAUUAGAUGAAGUAAUAGAGAACAAUAUUAAUUUUAAUAUAUCUAGCUAUUUUAGUGGAAGUUAUGAUGAAAUAAAUAAUAAUGAAACGGAAAGUAAAGAUCAUAUUUCGAAUAGUGAUAGUUUUUGUGAAGAUUUUAAAAACUUUGAACAGGAUAUUCUUGAAGAACAUUUUAUAAAUGAAAAUGAAAAAAAUGAAACAACAAAAUAUCAUGGAACUAUGGAAUUUAAUAAAAUGUUUGAGGAUGAAAAUAUUCAAGAAAAUAUACAAAAUGAACAAAAUAAUGUAGUGUCAAAUAAAAAUCAAGAGAAUUACGAAAUUAACCAAAUGGAAUAUUCCACUAAUAAAUUAACAUAUUCACAUGAUCACAACAAAUAUGGAUCAUCGAAUAAUAAUAAUAAGAAAAAUAUAAAAAAUGAUGAUCAUGCUGAGGAAUAUGAAUAUAUGAAAAGAUUUAAUGAACAAAAUUAUAUGAAUAAUCCUAAGAUACUUCAAAUGUCUGAUAAAUAUAAUAAUGAAUAUCCUAUACCCAUAGAGCGAUUGAAUACCUUUAAAAAUCAUGCUGAAGAAAUUAGCUUUUUAGAGAAUUAUGAAGAGAAUAUGAAUAUUAUUAAUAACGUUAAUAUUAUAAGACCAGCCAAAUUUAUAGGCACAAAUAAAAAUGCAUCAGAAUCAGAAAAAAUCGAAAACUUUGUAAAUUAUGUAGGUGAAAACAUAAAAAAAAGAGGAAUAUUAGAUUAA